CGUUUUUACCUUUCAGGAAACUUAUUUGCCUUUGGGGGUUUGUGCAGUGAGCGCUUUCCCACACUAGAUGGCGCCCGGCGUUCCGAAGCGCUGAGCUUUGUGUGUUGGUGUAUGUGGUGCCCCGAGCAGUCACACAGAUGCUAUCAGCGGCUCGGCACGCUUCCCUCACUCCUCUGUGACCCGCGACUCUCAUGCUCCUGAGCGGACACUCGUCGGCUUCAGCCAGCGCCAGCCAGCAGCCCCCGGCAGAGCCCAUCCGCAGCAGUAACAGAGGGAGCCCCCCAGCAGCGGCCAGCACGGGACAGCAAUGCGCGGGGAGUAUGGCCAAAUGGAUCAAGGAACACCUGGGCUUCAAGAGCUCCAAGCCGCCGCCUCCUGCCCCUCCUAAACCGGAUUAUAGACAGUGGCAGGCUGGGGGCGCCUCCACGCACCAUCACGUGCACUCUGCUCUCCCACACUUUCCCCUCACUCCUGCGGGACAGCCCGACAUCCUGGCCGCGUACAAACUGCAGAAAGAGAGGGAUUUUGAGGAUCCGUAUACCAAUUGUGCGGCCACCGGAUCCUCUGGGCAACUGAACUCGUCCUCCUCUGUGCCCCCCUGUGCCCCAACUCCCUCCAGUGCCCAGUCCCCUUCCUCGCCCUCAAAUUCUCCUGAUGUCAAAUACGUGUCCCCCAAGCACCGGCUCAUCAAGGUAGACACUGGGGAAAAGGGCAGUUGCAGUCCUACUAGUGGCAACACAUGUGGCAGCUCCAGCAGCCCCGGCCAACCCUUUACUUCUCCCAGCGCGUCAUCCACAGCCCCCCAGCUGGAGGACAGCAAGCAGGACAAAGUCGCUAUUGUUGAAGACUAUGCAGACCCAUUUGAUGCUAAGCAGGUGCCAGGCAGCCAGAAUGCAACUGAGAAAGUAACUGAGAAUGAUGGAUAUAUGGAACCUUAUGAAGCACAGAAGAUGAUGGCAGAGAUUCGAAGAAGGGGAUCAAAAGAUUUACCAUGUACUCCGCUACACUUGUAUGACACCCCGUAUGAGCCAUCUGAAAAUGGAUUAGAUUCUGAAGGUGAAAAAACCACAUCUCAACGACCACGGGAAUCUAGGCUGCCACAAGAUGAUGAGAGACCUCCAGAGGAAUAUGAUCAACCUUGGGAAUGGAAAAAAGAACGAAUCUCCAAAGCAUUUGCUGUGGAGAUUAAAGUAAUCAAAGAUCUUCCUUGGCCUCCACCAGUGGGACAGCUGAACAGCCGCACAGCCAACCCUGAAAAUGAUUUGAGCGCUUCAUACUCUCAGCAGACUCCAACCUCUCCACAUUUUCAGUGCCAGGCCAGCCUUGAAGACUCCAAUGCCCAGUUUGAUAGUGCUGAUAAAACAGGCAUAUCACCAACCAAAGAGGACAAACUCAGACACACGCACAGACAUUCAGCUGGAAACUUGAAGGCAAUCAAGCAUCCGAGUGUAGAACACAGCAUCUCAGUGGGAGAAAGAAUAGAUCCUUCCCUACCUUUAGAGAGUCAAUUCUGGUACCAUGGUGCAAUCAGUCGUGCUGACGCCGAGAGCCUCCUGAGGCUGUGUAAAGAAGCAAGCUACCUGGUGCGAAACAGCGAGACCAACAAGAUUGACUUUUCCUUAUCUCUGAAGAGCAGUCAAGGAUUCAUGCACAUGAAGCUCUCCCGUACCAAAGAAAAUAAAUAUGUCCUUGGUCAGAACAGCCCACCCUUCAACAGUAUACCUGAAAUUAUCCAUCACUACGCCAGCCAGAAAUUGCCAAUAAAAGGAGCAGAACAUAUGUCCCUGCUGUACCCAGUCGCGGUGCGGACGCUGUAGCAAACUGCUCAAGGCGCCUCUUAAAAUCAGUUUAUGGACGGUCAAAUCCUACUCUCAAUCAUCAUGUUGGGAUGCUGUUGGCAAAGGACUGCAAUCACCAAAUCAAUGCAACAUGUUCUAAGGGUGACUGGGUUUUAUCAUUCUUGAUUUGCUUCCUUCUGUUUCUUUAGUUAAUUGGAGUGAAGACUGGACGCUAUCAUGGUACCUUUAAAGUGGAUUUUAUGAUAUCGACAUCGGUAUACCUUUUGUUUUGUUUUGUUAGGGAACUUUCAGCCUUACGGUGACAUAUAUUGAAAGUAAUUCUUGUACAGACUUGUGCGGUUUUGAAGCUUAUCUGGGACUGUACGUCCCAAACGUUGCAAUACAAAUAUUUAAUGUGAUUGUUAUUUAAGAUAUUUUUUUUUUUUUAAAUGUCAUUCUAGUCUGUCACUUACACUGGUUAUUCACCAAAGGGUAAAAUGUACCCAUUGCUUGCAGUUUGCAUGUGUUUUACAGCAUUUCUGCAGACGAUCAGCAAUACUUUGCAUUCUCAUCAAUCAGCAUAGGCAUUGAGAAUAACGUGCUAUUGCCUUGAGUUUAGUAGGGACAAUGAAUGCAAUAACAACAAAAUGUAGUUUAGAUUCUGUGUAUAUUUUAUUUUUGUAAGACCACUAGUCCCUCUUCACCUGUCACCAAAUCAUAGCAAUUAGUCAACAUAUUCUAGUAAAUACCCUCAGUGCCUUCAUUACACAAGAGGCACUGGUCGUCACUAUCUGUAAUUCCCAGUAGAUGGGGCUGUUUUGUGUCAUAUGUCAAGCAUGCUCCCAAACUACUAAUGUAAAAUCAUCAGGCUGCCAAAUCAUCCCUUUAGAAUGUCAGUUUUAGUACCAAACAGAAAUAAAUGGAUGUGUAUUUAUUUUCAUAAAUGCUUCUAAAGAUUUAGCCUUUGAAGACCAGGCUUUGUACUCUUUUGAAGUUUACCAGAAUACCAUUGAGUAGUAUUUACAUCUGUGGUAUUUUGUAACGAGUCUGAGUAUGUCGAUUUGUACAAAACAUUUCCGUUACCAUAACAUCUACAGUGUUUAGAAUUGCCAUUAAAGUAAACUCAGUAGGGGAGAAAAAGAAACAAGAAGGGGAGAUAACAAUAUCAUAGCAUAAACAACGCAGGAGAGAAAUCUGUGGCAUGGCCAGAUUGUUCUAAAUGUGCACCGAAUAGUGAACAUUUGUAAAGGGCUGUCAAUAUUCAAACUAUUGUACAGGAUGUUAAAUUCAUAGUUAUCUCUUUAUUAAGAAUGCUCAGACCCUGGGGUUUUCCAGAUAAUGGAUCUUUCCGUAAUUUGGAUCUCCAUACCUUAAGUCUACUAGCAAAUCAUGUAAACAAUAAAUAAACCCAUUAGGCUGGGUUUGCAAUAAGGAUUAAUUAUAUCUUAGUUUGAAUCAAGGACAAGGUACUGUUUUAUUAUUAAUAGUUUGAAUCAAGGACAAGGUAUUAUUACAGAGAAUAAGGAAAUCAUUUUUAAAAAUUUUAGAUUGUUUAGAUAAAAUUGAGUCAAUAGGCGACAGCCUUUUCGAAAUUCGGAGGUUUCUGGAUAAUGAGUUUCUGGAUAACCAAUCCCAUACCUGUAGCGAGUAGUGUGAAAUACACCUCAAAACAUACCAAAUGCCUUGCAAUAUUCAGUUCCAAGCAUCAGUACAGAGAUAAAGAUAAAUAUCAGUCCUCUUUUGUAUUGGGUAAAAACUGAGCUACAACUAGACUGAUUAAAACUAUCAACAUGGUCUAGGGUUGCCACCUGUCCGGUUUUGACCCGGACAGCCCGGUAUUUUGAGGGGCUGCCCGGUUUUCCAAAUAAGGUUUCCCUUGAUUGACACGGCGAUCAGCCAAUCGCUGAUCGUGCGUCAUAGCCCCGCACACUGAUGGCACGGGUCCUCCCACUGACGUCAGACACGCCUACUGACGUCACGGACCCCCCCGUCCGGUCUCAGCCAGACAUAAAGGUGGCAACCCUAACAUGGUCCUCCCAAAAAAUGAACCGGUUUCAAACAAUACAUACUGGCUUAUCUUCAGUAAAGGGAUCAAGCACUUGACAAGCAUAGAGCCUAAGCAAAAAUCACAUCAGCACUAACGAUGUGAUUAUAACAAAUGCAUCCACUACAGUGCAAUAUAUAGAUGUACCCCAGUACUCUCUAUGCUCUGCCAGUUGGUCUCACUGGAACUAAAUUAACAUUUGAUGAAAGAGGCCUAACUGUGCAUUAUUUUCAUUGCACAUCAAUUUUGAAUCCUUAGUGUUGCACAUAUAGACUAUUGCCGUUUACUGGUCGGCAUUUCCACUGGAAGCCAUGUGUAUUCCAUUUCUUGCUUACUGUGAUUAGCUUUAUACAGCAUGAAAUGGAUUAUAUCAACAACUUUAUUUAUAACAUCCUGUUCGAGGUAAAAAAAAACAUGUCUAAUGUUACAGAGCAACUCCUUUCUAAGAUGGUCCUCUUAUAACGUUUGCAACAUUUCUUCUGAUAUCUGCUCAAGAAGCACUUGCACCUUCAUAUAACAUAUUCUAUGCCUCCAAAUCCUCUUAUAAAAAUAUCACCCUAAUUGGUAUCUGCCAGUAUAAAGAAGCAUGAAACAGACCCUUGUGGAUAUACCUUAGCCAAGCAUAUUUACUGUAUAAUAUACAAGCAUCAUGAAGAAAUAAUGUGAUUAUUAAAUAGCUUCUUGUGUACUUACCAGAGCAAAACCAGAAAUACAUAAACUGCCUUGCAAAUAUAUUCAGGGCCUUAACUGAUCUUUUAUUUCAUGGAAAUUUGUUCCACAAAAACACUUGAACGAUAGAAAGCUGUAUUAUGUUGUUUGCGUAAGAAUCAAGAAAGACCCACCUUUUACUGCAACGCCAAACCUCUUACGGUGUAAGUACCAGCUUUCCAUUUAUGGGUGAAUUGGCCCAUACUCCCAGGCUUACAAGUCAGAUGACAUUUGUGCACCUCGAUUUUCAAUUAAGAAUACAACUCAAUACAAAAAUUUCACAUUAAAGGGUUAUUUCACCAGAGGGCACUAAAUGGUUGGCAUCCCCAGUGAUUAUAAUCACUUACCUGAUGUCCCAGGCUGGUGCUCCUGUUAAAAGAACACUGCCCUGUCCUGGGGUUCUUCUUAGUGAGCAGAGAAGUCCUGUUCCAGCUUCCUCCUGUUUUUUGUGGGUGCGCUGUAGAGUGAAAAUCUGAUCUUUAACAAAAAAAGCCAACACUUUCACUCUGCUGUGCCCGCAUCAGCCCCGGGCAUUGGAGAAAGAUUAGACAAAAGAAUAGGAUUGCUCUGUGGUGCUCGCUGAGGAGAACUCUGGGCCAAGGUAUUAAGAAAGUGAUUAUAAUCCCUGGGGGGGGGUCUUAACAUUUGGCACUGAUGAACCUUUUCUUUCUUCUUUAAAAACAAAUAUUAAUAUUAUUUAAUUAUACAGUUAACAUCUUUGAUUUGUUGUUCAGUACAAUAAAAGUUUUGGGCUACAGCCUGAAUCCUUUUCCAAGGCCAUGUUGGGGGAUUCACAUGUAAUAUCCCCUAGACCUCUAUUACAUUGCAUUUUAGGACCUGUUUGAAGGUGGCUUUUUUGUGCAAUCAUAAUAACUUUCUCAGUGAAAAGUUUUGCUGCGUACUAGCACUAUAUAUAUCUAUAAAAGUCUUUAUGGAUUGCUCCAUACUUUGCACAAAGGAAAAUAAUUGUUUGUGUUGCCAACAUUUGUUACAUCCCCCCAUGAAUGUUCACAGAACGCUCUGUAUAUUCCUUAAAAGUUUUCCCAUCAUAGGAAACAUAUUAUUCUAUGCCAACAAUGCAUUCAAUAGUCUGAACUGCAAAACUGCUCCUGUAUUUUAUUUUGUACACCAACAUUUGACAGAUUAUACAUGCCUUUCUAGUAGCUAUUGUAUAUACAGUACAUUUGGGCUUGAUUACAAAAAUACUGGCUGACGAGACUGAGAUGGCUUAUGGGUUAAGCUGGAAUGUAGAGAACCUCUUACAAAGUAAUGAGCUGUGAGCCUGCCUUGCGUUAUUGCUCUUCUCUUUCAGUGAAAGGCCUGGGUAACUCCAUUUGGUCAUUUAAAAUGUUAUUUCCCACUCUAUUACUGUUUGUGUUUAUACUGCUGAUACAAUUUUGAGUUGGAGUCUAUUGCCUUGUAAAAUAAAAAUUGUCUAUUUAAUA